GCCGAUUGGCCGAGAGCACACCUGUCCAGGUGCACCGGACCUGGAAGCCAAGAGGCUCUGUUAGAAGAGGGCCGGUCGGGGCCACAGCAGGACAGCAGGACUGCAGGACAGGAUGACGGACAGGGACCCCAUGGAGGAGCUGGUAGGGCUGCGUGAGGGCUCCCCGGGGAGCCCCGUGACGCUGCAGGAGCUGUGGGGCCCGUGUCCCCGCGUCCGCCGGGGCAUCCGCGGUGGCCUGGAGUGGCUGAAGCAGAAGCUGUUCCGCGUGGGCGAAGACUGGUACUUCCUGAUGACCCUCGGGGUGCUCAUGGCCCUGAUCAGCUAUGCCAUGAACUUCGUCAUCGGGCGUGUGGUCCGAGCGCACAAGUGGCUAUACCGGGAGAUCGGGGACAGCCACCUGCUCCGGUAUCUCUCCUGGACCAUGUACCCCGUGGCGCUCCUGUCCUUCUCCUCCGGCUUCUCCCAGAGCAUCACGCCCUUCUCUGGUGGUUCCGGAAUCCCAGAGUUGAAGACCAUCCUGUCAGGUGUGGUCUUGGAGGACUACCUGGACAUCAAGAACUUUGGGGCCAAGGUGGUGGGUCUCUCCUGCACCCUGGCCACCGGCAGCACCAUCUUCUUGGGCAAAGUGGGCCCCUUCGUGCACCUGAGUGUGAUGAUCGCUGCUUACCUGGGACGCGUGCGCACCAGGACCAUCGGGGAGUCCCAGAACAAGAGCAAGCAGAACGAAAUGCUGGUGGCAGCGGCUGCAGUGGGCGUGGCCACCGUCUUCGCAGCCCCCUUCAGCGGCGUCCUGUUCAGCAUCGAGGUCGUGUCCUCCCACUUCUCGGUCUGGGAUUACUGGAGGGGCUUCUUCGCCGCCACCUGCGGGGCCUUCAUGUUCCGCCUGCUGGCCGUCUUCGGCAGCGAGCAGGAGACCAUCACCUCCCUCUAUAAGACCAGUUUCCCGGUGGACGUGCCCUUUGACCUGCCGGAGAUCUUCUUUUUCGUGGCACUGGGGGCCAUCUGCGGCGUCCUGAGCUGCGCUUACCUCUUCUGCCAGCGGACUUUCCUAGGCUUCGUCAAGACCAAUCGGUUCACCUCCAAACUGCUGGCCACCAGGAGUCCAGCGCUGGAGCUGACCCCUCCUCCCAGCAAGCCCCUGUACGCGGCCCUGGCGGCUCUGGUCCUGGCCUCCAUCACCUACCCGCCUGGCGUGGGCCGCUUCCUGGCUUCCCGGCUGUCCAUGAAGGAGCAUUUGGAUUCUCUGUUCGACAACAACUCGUGGGCCCUGAUGAGCCGGAACUCAUCCCCGCCCUGGCCCGCCGAGCCCGACCCCCAGAACCUGUGGUUCGAAUGGUACCACCCGCGCUUCACCGUCUUCGGGACCCUGGGCUUCUUCCUCCUCAUGAAGUUCUGGAUGCUGAUCCUGGCCACCACCAUCCCCAUUCCCGCUGGGUACUUCAUGCCCAUAUUUAUCUUUGGAGCUGCCGUGGGGCGCCUCUUGGGGGAGGCACUCUCCGUGGCCUUCCCCGAGGGCAUCGUGGCCGGAGGAGCCGUCAACCCCAUCAUGCCCGGCGGCUAUGCUCUGGCAGGGGCUGCAGCCUUCUCCGGGGCGGUGACACACACCGUUUCCACGGCUCUGCUGGUCUUCGAGCUGACAGGUCAGAUCGUGCACGCGCUGCCUGUGCUGAUGGCGGUGCUGGCGGCCAACGCCAUCGCCCAGAGCUGCCAGCCGUCCUUCUAUGACGGCACCAUCAUUGUCAAGAAACUGCCCUACCUGCCCUGGAUUCGGGGCCGCAGCAUCGGCUCCCACCCUGUGACUGUGGAGGACUUCAUGAACUGCACUGUCACCACGCUGGCCAAGGACACGCUGCUAGAGGAGGUGGCCAAGGUCGUGACCUCCACAGAUGUGGCCGAGUACCCCCUGGUAGAGAGCACAGAAUCUCAGAUCCUGGUGGGCAUCGUGCAAAGGGCCCCGUUGGUGCAUGCCCUUCAGGCUGAGCCACCCUCCUGGGCUCCAGGACAACAGCGGUGUCUCCAGGACAUCUUGGCAGGGGGCUGCCCCACAGAGCCAGUGACCCUGCAGCUGUCCCCAGAGACCUCACUGCACCAGACACACAACCUCUUUGAGCUGUUGAACCUUCAGUCUCUCUUCGUGACGUCGCGGGGCAGAGCCGUGGGCUCCGUGUCCUGGGUGGAGCCCCAUUUCCUCUAUCGCAGUUGAAGAAGGCGAUUUCCAGCCUGACAAAUCCACCAGCCCCGAAGUGAGCCCCACGGAGGAUGAAAGAGGGCCCCCGAGCCCCGAGACGGGCGGGCCGAGACCUUCCUCUCUUCCCGCCACAACCCACCCGCCCCUCCAGCCCAGCUCAGCUGCUCGAUGGAGCAUCUGCUGUGUCCCAUCCUGGGGGCCCACAGCAGUCACUGCCCCAAGGACAAAUCCCACACUGGAUGGAGCUGCGGUGUGAGGGGCCAGGGGUGCUCAGUGAGAGAUCGUCACGUUCAGGAAUGAAGGGGACUCACGUACACUGUCACCAAGGGCUGGCACCUCUGCUUUCUGGGGGUUGUCUACAUCCCCCAAGACGCUCCUGAGGAACAAAGCUGUCCCGGGCUGCCGUCCAUCCCUGCUCACUGCUCCCGGGCUGGCUCCUCAGCUCACCUGUGCUAGCCCAGAGUGAGCUCUUGAGGCUGCCGGUGGCCAUCUGGGUUUUGCAGGCCUGAACCCCUGGUCUCCUCCUUGGGUACUACUCCCCAGCAGGGAGAUGUUGGGGAGAGCACCCCCCCACCAGGCCCUCUGAUGCUUGUCCUCGUGAAUAAACAGGACCCCUGCA